GUCGUGGUCCUUUACUCCUGUGCUUGGUGGUUUGGCUCCUCCUCGGGAUGUUCUUCCUGCCUGCACCCCCCUCCAGACCAAACCCCAAACCCAAGCACCCAAAUCCGACCCCCAAAUGCCAUGGUCUGAUGGAUGCUCCCCUCCUGCUCUAGCCCCACCUUGCGCCGCCUCGCUUCCUCCCUUCGCGACGCCGGCAUUUCGUGGCCGGCGGCGGCGCCUUAUCCACCUCUGCCCUUCUUGUGGGUGAGAUAAACAGCGGGGUUGUUUUUCUUUACCGCUGUUUCUGAAGGUUUCGGGGCCAGCUCAGCCGGAUCCCGGCUCCAAGAACGCCGGCGCCGGCCCCGGCCCCGCCGCUCCCUGGACCUGGUGGAGCGGAGGGGAGGGGAGAUCCAUCCGGAGGUGGAGGUUCCAUUUCUUGUUUUCCUGAUUUCCCAAGCUACUGCGGACAUGAAGAUGCUUCUGUGGUGCUGUUGAAGAAUUAGUGCCAGUCUCAGAUUUCUCCCGAUGGAUAAGCACAACAACCCCAAAAAUGGGGAAGUGGGGAACAAUGUGUUUCGCAGGAUGAUUCUUAAUCAGAUUGCUGGGGACUUAGGUCUGGAUGAGGAGAAUGUGCCUUGCAAUACCCCGAGAAACUCUGUUCACUCUGCAUUUCGAGGCUCAUCAGGUGGCAGGGCAGUUGCUUCUACUAGUGGCAGCCACAACACUGAUUCGGUGAGCCCAGGCGAGUAUGUGGGGGAUCCUGGAUCCCUACUGAGUUUACAACCGUGGAUUUUUAGAAGAAACGGCUCACAGAACCAUGGGGAACGUGUGCUUGCGAGUGGCAAAGGCAAGAAUCCGGUCGAUGUCCUUCGAGAGGGUCAAGCUGUCGAAAUCUCUCCAAGGAGCCCUGGUCUUGGUUCUGGGCCUGGAAGAGGUUCUGGAGCUCUUAGGAGCAGAAGAUCUCGUAGGAAUUUGAUGAAACCACUUGUGCCAAUGGACAACUCCUACAUUCCACAGCUUUACAGUGAGAACUUUGAAAUUGAAGAAUGCACGUUUGCUCCAGCUCCCUCCCCAGCUUCUGUUAGGCCAUUCAUUGUGACAGAUGGUAGAAGGAUAAUUAGUAAAUCACGCUAUGAGCCAGUACCUCUGCCCUUUAAUAUUGGAUUAGACAAGGAAGAAUGCACCUCAUUGAUGCCAGGAAGUCUGAUUGGAAUUGCUCCUCUACCUGAGCUGAAGAAACUCAAACAUGAGUCUAGAAAUUCAUACGGUGCAAGGCUUGGUCUGUCUGGUUCUCAGCAAAGUAGCAAAUCACAUGAACAAGCAGGUUUACGUGAUCGACUCCUCCUAUUCUCUGUUGGGGUGAGCAUUGGUAUUCUGUCGUCUUCUCUGUCAAACAAGAAGGAAUUUGAUACGUUGAAGGGCACACUGAAACAAAUGGAGAACUUAGUUCAGGAUUUACAAGAUGAACUGGAGAUGAAAGAGGGUUUAACUGUGAAAGAAUUGCCUAAUGAAACUUCUAGCGAACAUGAUGUAGAUGAUAAUAUCAAACUACACGUAGUUGAUCCAGAGCCAAUGAGCAAAAUCGAAGCUGAGCUUGAAGCUGAGCUUGCAAGACUGGAACUUAAUAUCACUUCAAAACGUUUGCAAGAAGAAACAUCUGACUUUAAUGAGGUUGACGAGGAGUUCAUUGGUGACAUUGUUUGUGGGGAACUGAAAGCUGAUAUGAUCCCUCGUGACCACACAGAUUACAGCAGUGAAUGUGACCAUGGCAGGGACAGCAGGGAAAGUUCCCCUGAUUACACAUGUGGAGCAAACUAUCCUGUCUCACCUAGAGAUCUCAGCAUUCGUCUCCACAAGGUGAUCCAACGACGGCUUGAAGACCGGAUCAAGGAGCUUGAGUUAGCAAUUGUCCACAGACAGAAGCAGACGCAAGUGCAGAUGAUGGUGACUGAUCAAAUAUUCUCUGAACGAAUACGCUCAAACAGUGAGUCAAGUUCUUCAGGCCAGGGAAGUCCCAUUUUCAUACAAGAAACUAGCUCCUUGGCAGAACCAUAUUGUCUAAACCUAUCUGGAGAUGCACUUGAAGCUUAUGACGAAGCUUAUGAAGAAUUCAUGAGAAUUGCUGACUCCCCAUGCACCACAAGUACAAACGGGAAGCCACAGGCAACUGAAGAUUACUUAGUAGACCGUGGUUUAAUCUGGGGAAUGGAGGACAGCUCUAGGAAGCUGAAAGAAGUGCCCACUUGGGAGAGAGCUCUAAAGAGUGAAGAUCCUAGCAGAGAUCAAGAAAGUGAUAGAGAUGAGUCAGGUGACGACGAUGACGACGACGACUGUAAAGUGCUGAUUCAGCAGAUUGUAGAGAGAACUAAACAAGGUUCACCUGUACUCGUUAACGCUCAAAAACUUCUGUUUUCUGUGGAUCAAUAGGCCACUGCACUGUACACCAUUGAUUUUUGAGAUAUAGUGUGUAGUGUUGAAUUAUUAGAGAAAAUGAAAAUAUUAAUUGUUUUGAGGUUUCU